AUGCCUUCAUACGUCUGGCUCGCAUGCCUUCUCACAAUCAUCACACACACCACCGCACAAUCAGACAGCGACAGAUGCGAAGGCAACACCACCACCUACCACGACUUCAACCUCACCGUGCCCUUCCAAAACCUCUGCGGGAAAGACAUUGGCGCCAAAGUCGACUUCCUCGAUCCCACCUUCGAAGAAACUUGGUCCGAUUGCAUGGGUCGCUGCGUCAAGAAAGAGCCGCUGUGCUACGGCUUCGAUUUUCGACCUCUCGGCGCGACAGAAUUCGAAAAUUGUUGGCUCAUGAACGCUACGUUUGAUGCGGCGACGGCUGUGUAUCCCGGGUUUGCGAUUGAUGCGGCGAUGUUGGCACCGGAUUUGGUAGAGGGGUUGGAUAAAGAUUGUGAGACACUGGGCCUUCGAGGGUGCUUCCUGAAGAACGGGAGAUUGGAGAAGGUGACGGGUAUUGCCAUCGGAACAUUCAUCAUUGGCGCAGCAAUCGCAUUCGCCGCCGCAUUCUUCCUCUUUAGGCAGCGGAAUAAACACAAGAAUGCAAACGUCAGUAGCAAGGAUUACCCAAGCUAUGGCGACUCCGCGCCCGAUCUGGGAAUGAUGCAACAUAAAGGUGUCGGCAGUCUAGGAGGGCGGCAUAGCCCAUAUGUACAGGUAUCGCAAACACCUACACCAGCGACGCCCACUACUGCAUUAUCUCCUCCGAUGAUAACGCCCGCUGUCGUGGCAAACGAAUCGUCAAAGGAUGUUACCUCGUUCUUACCACCUGCAGUAGACGACGAUGAAGUGUGGAACGGCGUGUCGCACUUGUUUAGCAUGAUGCAUGAGCAUAUCGAGAAGUUCUACCGCGACGUACAUGCCUGUAUCACUCCGAGUAUGGAACCUUCAAUCGCCAAGUUCGGCAUCAAAGACGUGGAUAUGGCGGAACUCCUGCAAGAAUGCUCAAGUCCAACUGCGGCACUCAAGCAUGCGCUCGUAGCAUACGUACUGGGUAUAACAGGGCCAAAGCAAAAAGGGGACAAGGAAAGGACCUUGUUCCCAGAAGAGCUGGCGCAUGUCGCGAACGGCGCCGACGUUGGAUCAGGUAAACCUCCAUCCCUACCCCUCGAUCCACGGAAGGCAUUAAGCUCACACCCCAUCCUAGAUCCCGACUUCAUAGCCGCCACCUCCCUCCACCGCCGCGUCUCCGUCUACCUCUACAGCACCAUAACCGGGUACCCGAACCGGCGCAAAUCCUGGAUGGCACAGUCUGAAACACGCGAAGCAGCCGAACACUUCUCGCUUACCUUCUUCCCUUGGGCGAAUCCUACGUCUAGCGAUCAGGAUCGAGAUGAGGAUCUUGCACGCAUUAUUACGGAUACGCUGACGGUGAGGAUAUGGUUGUUUGGACAAUUGGAUACGUAUGAGUUUGAGUGGGAAGGGGUGGGGGAGAGGGGUAUUGUGAUUAAUCCCGAGUUGGUGAAGAGGAAAUGGAGGAGUGAUAGUAGAGAUGGGGGUGGGGAUGGAGAUGUGGUGGUACAUGUAGUGGAUGGGACUGUUGUUGCUAUGUAG